AGUUCUAAUAACGGCAUAAUGGUCUUGAGUACUGAAUGGUCUCAGGUGGAAGUUAUCGAUCUGGUAAAUGAUGGUAAUGGCUUGGGCUUCAUAUUGGUCGGUGGACGCAGCACUGGUGUUGUUAUAAAGGCAUUGACUCCCGGCGGCAUUGCGGAACGUGAUGGUCGUUUGCAAUGUGGUGAUCAUUUGUUGCAAAUUGGCGAUGUGAACUUGCGUGGCUUCAGUUCCGAGCAAGUAGCAACGGUUCUUCGUCAGACUGGAGCUCAGGUUCGACUGAUUGUAGCGAGGCCUGUGGAGCCGACAGCCAUCGAUUUACAAACGUUGGCCAGUCAUGCGCCAAUUAUUCCAACUAAGCUCCUCUCCGACCCAGAAGAACUGUCGCGGCAUCUCUUUCAAAAUCCCAGCUUUGCUACUAGUGCUACAGGCGUUGGAGUUGGCGGCGGCAGCGGCAUGGGCGGCAGCUGCUUCCUACCAACGCCGGACACUGAACUAGCCGAUUUGCCACUGCCACCCAUACCAACUGAUUUACCAUUAUCUGCAUCCGCAGCGGCGCGCGCAUGUCCCAAGGACUUGGACAUCGUACCGUUCUCGAUUGUAUCACCGUCACCGCCACCCCUAUUGCCUCUACCAUCCCCGCCAAACACAAUAGCAACGACACUCGGCACAUCGGUUACAUUGAGUUCACUACACCAGCAGCAAUUUGACAUUACCACCACCAACACAAGCAGCACCAUCAUAAAUUACUCAAAAACCACUCAGUUGGAACAAAUUGAGACUGUGAUAGCUGGCGUAGAUGCCGGCACCUCAACGAAUGCACCGGAUGCAGCGCAUAUUGAUGCCGAUCGCUGCUCCACGGCUUCAUCGAAUUACAUCGAUUCACCCGAGACAGAAACAUAUGAGGUAGAGUUGCAUAAGAAUGUCUACGGUCUUGGCAUCACUGUAGCCGGUUAUGUUUGUGAAGAGGAGGACCUUUCGGGAAUAUUUGUGAAAAGUAUUAUAGAAGGCAGUGCCGCAGAAGUGAGUGAGCGCAUACAGAUCAACGAUCGUAUCGUUGCUGUAGACGGCCGUUCACUCGCGGGCGUUACUAACCAUCAAGCGGUGGAGAUACUCCGUAAUACUGACAUCGAAGUCCACCUGACACUGGAACGCUUCUUGCGUGGACGCAAGUAUGAACAUUUGCAAAAUGCACUCACGGAAUUGAAAGGAGACACGCAAUCACAGAGUUCACUGCCCGCAUCACCUUCGAUUGCAACACUUUCUUGGCUGCCACCACGUUCCGAUGCCGAUUCUGUGGCCACGGAAGGCGGUAUUGUUAUGCUGGAGUUUUCCGACUUCCCAUCACGUGAAACUGUCGACUCUAAUAUGUCUUACAUGCUCGAUCGCAGCGAUCACAGCGGCAUUAGCAGUGCCAAACGGCAAAAGACGCCCACAACGCCCACGGCUAAACACUUAGCCAACGGCAAAGCAACGCAUAUCAAUGGAAGCCAUGACAAUGACAGUGAUGAUCACGACUCAGCAACGCUGGCGGUUCAAAUGCAGUCUACCGAAUGGCAGGCGUCUACAAUACCGGAGUCAUCGGUGAAACAGCCAAAUGGUGGUCGUAAGAAAUCUGUUAGCUCAGUGACUGCAACAACUGCAGCGGUGCCGGCAACAAAAACGGCGGUGACGGUGACUACAACAUUAACAGUGCCUGCGGUGGCAGCAACGACAACAAUAACGGCAACAACGUUAGCCGCCAAGCCCGCCGCUUCAACCUUAGCCCCGCCCAAUGUGGAGACGCUGAAGCUGACCUGGAAAAGUGAGUUUCCUGAAAGUGAAAUUAUUGUAGCCGAAAUAAAUAAACUUUCAGGUCUAGGGAUCAGCCUGGAGGGCACCGUGGAUGUCGAAGGCGGCAUUGAAAAGCGUCCACAUCAUUACAUACGCUCUAUCCUGGAAGAUGGGCCUGUGGGGCGACAAGGCAUACUCAAACCGGGAGACGAGCUACUACAAGUAAACGAAUAUAAAUUGCAAGGCCUUAAGCACACUGAAGUAGUUAAAAUACUGAAAGAACUGCCAACACACGUAAAGCUGGUAUGCGCGCGGGGACCCACCGCACCAUCCGUAAUAAACACAUCGCAAAAUCCAGAGGCUUUCGAAACACGCUCUCUACUACCAGGUGGUCAUCAGAGCCUGCAAAAUCUGCUAACCAAAGCACAAUCGGAGAGUUCUCUAUACACAUCAAGCACUGCCACGCUGACCGACCAGCAACGUUCCAAAUCAUUGGAGAACGUUUCGGGUCUGGCGCUUUGGAGCAGCGACGUCACUACCAUCGAAAUCGAAAAAACCGAACAAGGUUUCGGUUUCUCUAUACUUGACUACCAGGAUCCGAUGGAUGCCGAAGGUACGGUAAUUGUGAUACGUGGUCUAAUACGUGGUGGCGCAGCAGAAGCGACCAACGAGAUAUUUCCCGGAGAUCGAUUGGUCAGCGUCGGCGAACACACACUGCACGGACUCGAUUUGGACGAGGCAGUAGCGAUACUCAAAGGCAUGCCAGUGGGGAAAACCAAAUUGGGCAUUUGCAGACCACUCUCAACAUCGGACAGCAAUAUAGCAUCGCCAGCGGAGGAGGCCGACUCGCCAAGCACAUAGUUUUUAAGGAACUUUUACUAUUUCAUCGCAUUUUCGCAAAUUUAAGUCACGACGCUACCAAGCGCCCGGAUGAGUUCACUUCACAUCGCGAUUAUACGAACGAAGGCAUCUCACAUUCAAGUGGAUUCGUUGCUGACUAUGAAGCGGUCCGGGGCAGUGUGCCGGCUGCAGUGCAAUGGGAUGUGGUUGGAGGUGGCAACUUGGGUUGUUGCUGCUACUGCCGCUGCCGCUGCUGGUGUCGAACGACGCGAAUCUCUGAAGUGCUGUAAAUAUUUUGUUAGCCCAAGAAAUUACUUAACAAAAUUAGUAUGUACGUAUUUGUAAGGAUUAGUGCUAAGUAAUUAGUUGUUAGCGAACAGAAAUAAGAAAAAUUCGAAUAAAUAUGCUGUAAGUUCGCGAUAGGAGUUCAUAAGCCAUACAUCAGUUGUCGAAAUAUCAGCCUUAAUGAGUUAAUCAAAACAUUGCGCCGGAAUUAAACAUUUUUAAUUAUUCAUAUAUUUUGAAAAAAAUCCUGAAAUAUUAUAUUUUCAAACCUUUCAAAACACUAUGUUGUUCUCAAUUCUCAACCUAACCGCCUUACAUAUGCAAAAUUGUUACUUAAUUAAGUUUCUUUAAAAUAUAUGUAUAUAUUUAGAAGGAAUUUAAAACUAUAAAUAAAGUGGUAGAAUUUACAAUAUUUUCAUCGGCAGUUGGACUGCAUUCGAAACACUAAGCGACACUAACACCUUUUGCACUUAAGCUUUCGGAAGUCUUCGUAUUCCUUUAAGACCAUAUUUUAUGUUUUCAAAGCUGGAAACUUCCCAUCCAUUGGCACAAUGUGUCUCAGCCAAUCAUAUUUUCGCAAGAUCUUUCACAGAAAAGUUCUUAGAGCUAUCUUAUCGAAUAUUGUCUAAUUUCACGUUACUGAACUUUAUGCUAGGAAGAGAUGAUGGGUUUAUAUCUUAAUAUAUUACCCAAUUUAAUAUAACAAAUUAGUUGAAUUUCAAGCCUACCCACUUCUUGGUUAGUUUACAUCUACAUCACUGUCACAGAACAAACUUUUAAAAACAUAAUUUAUAUUGAUUUUAAAUAAGGCAAUAAGGCUACAAAAAAUCCUGAGACAAAUUCAAACCUUCAUACAGGCGAUCUUAAACAUUUACCGUGAUUCAUUUUCCUCUUCCUCAGCUAUAUUUGCAAACCCAUAUUUUCAGCGCACAGUUCUUCUUCGUAUUUCCAAACUAUUUUACCGAGCAAUAUUAUCGUCAAGUCAAAGUGAAAUUUCAAGUGACCGUUAUAAUUUAUGAAAUGCUAAUUGACGAACACUCCUACAACAUACACAUGCAUGCAUAUCAAAGCAUAGGAUUGCAGACCAAACAUAAUCUAUCUUAUACAUAACUGUAAAUAGUUGUUGUUGACUUCUAUAAACUUACUAUAAUUAUUUGCAUUGCUAUUUUUAACAUCAAGGAAUACCGAAUAUGAAGCUAAUUUCAUUCACAAACUUUAGAAAAUUGUUUAACAACACUACAUACACACAUACACACAUGUACAUUUUAGUCUAACUAAUUGCAUUGCCUUGUAGAUAACAACUGAGUAGAACUAUUCGAUUGUAAUAUAAAAGCCAUGAAUUAUUAAAAAGUCAAGGUAUAUAUGUUUGUAUAUACACAUAUAUAUACGAGUGUAUAUAAAAGGAAAUAGAAAUAAAAUAUAAGGAAAUUGCGAUGAUUUGCACAUUUGAAGCAAGGAAAAAGCGAAAUUGAAGCGGAAAUGCGUAGCAUAAUUUAAGCAUUACUACAUGAAACCAAUGUAAUACUUUAGUAACUAAUUACUCGUAGAUACAUGAAUGGAGAGCACAAACAAAUCAAGUGUGAAAGGCACAAACAAAGAAACUUAUGAUUAACUGUUAAAUGCGUACAUAUGAGAUCACAUGUAGCCAACAUGAGAUGAUUUAGAUUAAGUCAAGUCGAAAAGCUCAUUUCACGAAAAAAGUAAUAAAAAUAAUAACACAAAAAUAAAAAAUACAAAAUUAAAAAUAAAAUUUAAAUGAAAAGCGAACAUAGCUAAUUCACUUUGCGAGCAUCAUACACGAACUUAAAUUAAUUCAUUCCUCCAAUAACUCCUAUUACUUAGAAGCAUAUGAAAAUAAUUCACUCUCAAGACAUCGCAUGAAAAUAACGUUAGCUCUAGCGAAAAUUAAAAAAAAAAAAAGUUAAGGAGACCGAUUAUGGUGGCAAGAUAACGUAAAAUAUCUAUCUGAAAAACAACUGAGUUGCAAGAGAAGCUUAAUAGUGAUACUAAUUUUAAAAUGUCUAAAGUUUAUUAAAUGAAAACUAAUUUAUAAAAUAAAAAUAAAAAAAAAUAGUUAAAUAAUGCGAAAACAGCAACACUUGUAUAAAAGGUUUAUUAAGCAAUUCAAAUGCGUUUCAGCGCUCACACACUCACACACGCUCACAUUUCCACAUCAUGACAGCUCACACAUACAAACACGCGUACAUACAAAUUAGCUUACA